AUGGUUGAUGCUUUGCAUGAAGAUGUUCUGUUGUAUGAAGGGGACAGAGAUUUUGAGCCACACAAGGGCAUUGAAUUUGAUUCUCAUGAAGCAGCUUAUUCAUUUUAUCAAGAAUAUGCCAAAUCUAUGGGAUUCACCACUUCAAUAAAAAACAGCAGGCGUUCAAAGAAAACCAAAGAAUUUAUUGAUGCCAAAUUCGCAUGCUCUAGAUAUGGAUUUACUCCCGAGUCAGAUAGUGGGAGCAGUCGAAGGCCAAGUGUAAAGAAGACAGAUUGCAAAGCCUGCAUGCAUGUGAAGAGAAGGGCAGAUGGAAAGUGGAUAAUUCAUGAAUUCAUAAAGGAGCAUAAUCAUGAACUUCUACCAGCUUUGGCAUAUCAUUUUCGGAUUCAUAGAAAUGUGAAGUUAGCUGAAAAGAAUAACAUUGAUAUAUUGCAUGCUGUUAGUGAACGUACCAGAAAGAUGUACGUUGAAAUGUCUAAGCAAUCUAGUGGCUGCCAUAACUUUGGGUCUCAUCUCAGUGAUGUAAAUUAUCAGUUUGAAAGAGGCCAACAUCUGGCUUUGGACGAGGGAGAUGCUCGUGUUAUUCUUGAGUAUUUUAAGCACAUUCAAAAGGAGAAUCCUAACUUCUUUUAUGCUAUUGAUUUGAAUGAAGCACGCUUGAGAAAUUUGUUUUGGGUUGAUGCAAAAAGUAGGAGUGAUUAUGUCAGUUUUAAUGAUGUAGUUUCGUUUGAUACUUCUUACAUCAAAAGCAAUGAUAAGUUUCCAUUUGCUCCUUUUGUUGGAGUGAACCAUCACUUUCAGCCCAUAUUGCUUGGAUGUGCAUUGGUUGCUGAUGAGACCAAACCAACAUUUGUUUGGUUGAUGAAGACAUGGACUAGAGCAAUGGGUGGGCAAGCUCCUAAAGUCAUAAUCACAGAUCAAGACAAAGCCUUGAAGGCAUCAGCUGAAGAAGUCUUCCCAAAUGCACGCCAUUGCUUUUCUCUUUGGCACGUACUUGAUAGGAUACCUGAAAAUCUUUCUAUGGAUAAAAGGUAUAAGAAUUUCUUGCCGAAGUUCAACAAAUGCAUAUUUAAGUCU